CCCUCCGGAGGCCGCGUUCUCGAGGUGGCUGCUGGGCUCCGCUCCGCGCGGCGCCCGGGCCGAGGGCCUCCCGGCGGGCGCUCGGCACCACCCUGCGUCCCGGCGCUGGCUUGGGCUGCGGGCCCUGCGCACGCCGUCCCUCGGGGCGGGGCACCGGGCCCCUUCCGGGGAUGGGCCCCUGCGCCCGCGUCGGCCUGGCCGGGCCCGGCCCCUCCCCGCUCGGGCGGGCGCUGCGCCGCGUCCCCGCCCGUCAGUUUGCCCGGCUCGGCUGGCCGCAGAAGGGGCCGGGGCGGCCGCGCUGAAAGUUCUGCGCCCGGAGGCGUCGGGAGGCGGCGGCACCAUGUUCUCCCUCAAGCCCCCCAGACCCACCUUCAGGUCGUACCUCCUGCCGCCGCUCCAGAGUGACGAUAAGAUCAAUUCGGAACCGAAGAUUAAAAAACUGGAGCCAGUCCUUUUGCCAGGAGAAAUUGUCGUAAAUGAAGUCAAUUUUGUGAGAAAAUGCAUCGCAACAGACACAAGCCAGUACGAUUUGUGGGGAAAGCUGAUAUGCAGUAACUUCAAAAUCUCCUUUAUUACAGAUGACCCAAUGCCAUUACAGAAAUUCCAUUACAGAAACCUUCUUCUUGGUGACCAUGAUGUCCCUUUAACAUGUAUUGAGCAAAUUGUCACAGUAAAUGACCACAAGAGGAAGCAGAAAGUCCUAGGCUCCAACCAGAAACUGAAGUUUAAUCCAACAGAGUUAAUUAUUUAUUGUAAAGACUUCAGAAUUGUCAGAUUUCGCUUUGAUGAAUCAGGUCCCGAAAGUGCUAAAAAGGUAUGCCUUGCAAUAGCUCAUUAUUCCCAGCCAACAGACCUCCAGCUACUCUUUGCAUUUGAAUAUGUUGGGAAAAAAUACCACAAUUCAGCCAGCAAAAUUAAUGGAAUUCCCUCAGGAGAUGGAGGAGGAGGAGGAGGAGGAGAAGGAGGAGAAGGUAAUGGAGGUGGUGUUGACAGCAGCCAGAAAACUCCACUCUUUGAAAUUUACUCAGAUUGGGACAGAGAAAUCAAGAGAACAGCUGCUUCUGGGUGGAGAGUUUGUUCUGUUAACGAAGGUUACAUGAUAUCUACUUGCCUUCCAGAAUACUUUGUAGUACCAAGUUCUUUAGCAGACCAAGAUCUAAAGAUCUUUUCCCAUUCUUUUGUUGGGAGAAGGAUGCCACUCUGGUGCUGGAGCCACUCUAACGGCAGUGCUCUCGUGCGAAUGGCCCUCAUCAAAGACGCACUGCAGCAGAGGAAGAUUGACCAGAGGAUUUGUAAUGCAAUAACUAAAAGUCACCCACAGAGAAGUGAUGUUUACAAGUCAGAUUUGGAUAAGACCUUGCCUAAUAUUCAAGAUGUACAGGCAGCAUUUGUAAAACUGAAGCAGCUAUGUGUUAAUGAGCCUUUUGAAGAAACUGAAGAGAAAUGGUUAUCUUCACUGGAAAAUACUCGAUGGUUAGAAUACGUAAGGGCAUUCCUUAAGCAUUCAGCAGAACUUGUAUACAUGCUAGAAAGCAAACAUCUCUCUGUAGUCCUUCAAGAGGAGGAAGGAAGAGACUUGAGCUGUUUAGUCGCUUCUCUUGUUCAGGUGAUGCUGGAUCCCUAUUUUAGGACAAUUGUUGGAUUUCAGAGUCUGAUACAGAAGGAGUGGGUCAUGGCAGGAUAUCAGUUCCUAGACAGAUGCAACCAUCUGAAGAGAUCAGAGAAAGAGUCUCCUUUAUUUUUGCUAUUCUUGGAUGCUACCUGGCAGCUAUUAGAACAGUAUCCUGCAGCUUUCGAGUUCUCAGAAACCUACCUGGCGGUGUUGUAUGACAGCACCCGGAUCUCACUAUUUGGAACCUUCUUGUUCAACUCCCCUCACCAGCGAGUGAAGCAAAGCACGGAAUUUGCUAUAAGCAAAAAUAUCCAGUUGGGUGAUGAGAAGGGCUUAAAAUUCCCCUCCGUUUGGGACUGGUCACUCCAGUUUACAGCAAAGGACCGCACCCUUUUCCAUAACCCUUUCUACAUUGGAAAGAGCACACCUUGUGUACAGAAUGGCUCCAUGAAGUCUUCUAAACGGACAAAGAAAAGCUACAGCUCCACACUAAGAGGAAUGCCGUCUUCCUUAAAGAAUGGAAUCAUCAGUGACCAAGAAUUACUUCCAAGGAGAAAUUCAUUGAUAUUAAAACUAAAGCCAGAUCCACCUCAGCAAACCAACAGCCAGAACAGUGAUAUGGAGCAGUAUUUUAGAGAAUGGUUUUCCAAGCCAGUUGACCUGCACGCUGUUAUUCUGCCACGUGUCUCUGGAACACACUUAAAACUGUGGAAACUCUGCUACUUCCGCUGGGUUCCCGAGGCCCAGAUCAGCCUAGGCGGCUCCAUCACAGCCUUUCACAAGCUCUCCGUCCUGGCCGACGAAGUCGACGUGCUGAGCCGGAUGCUGCGGCAGCAGCGCGGUGGCCCCCCAGAGGCCUGCCACGGGGAGCCGGGCCGCAGCAGGAUGUACUUCAGAGCCAGUGGCCCCAGCGACACCUCAGGGACGCCAGAGUUUCUCUCCUCCUCAUUUCCAUUUUCUCCUGUCGGGAAUCUAUGCAGACGAAGCAUUUUAGGAACGCCAUUAAGCAAAUUUUUAAGUGGGGCCAAAAUAUGGUUGUCUACUGAGACAUUAGCAAAUGAAGACUAAAACAGGAUGUUUUCUGAACAUUUUGAGGGAAGCUGUAAACUUUUUUCCUCCAAAUUCAAAUUGCUAAUCUAGGCAUUUGAAGCUCUAAUAACUUUAUAUGUUAAAGUAAUAGUUGGAAUUUGCACUAAUAUUUAAAAACAUGUUGAAUCAUGCUUUUUUCCACACUUGCUGGAAAACAGAUAGAUAUUUUGUUUCUGUCAUUGCAGGUCUGGCUCUUGUAACUGUGAUCCAGCUGUUCAUCUUUCUGUCUGCUACAUUUUUGUCUCCAUCCAUUUUUCCUGCUGCCUCCUGAAGGCUGUCUGAUAGUCACAUUAGCAACCCCAGGCAGCAAACAGGAAAGAUAAGAAAUUUGCGUUCUGUAUCAUUUUCAGUUACAUCUGAUAAAACCUCCAGCAGGCUUUAGGAACUAUUCAUGUAUUUUUCUGGUCACUUUCUGUCAUCUCUAAUUGAACUCACCUGAUGAAGGUUCAGUGUUCUGUGGCCAGAAUUUAUUUUACAUCACCUUCUUGGCGACCUUAGAUCACUGUGUUUUGAAAUCAAGAGUUUGCUUUUAACUUCAUAGGGCUAACUUUAAAAUGAUAUGCACUGUUAACUUUAAAGCAUUUGCCAUAGAUAAUUAAACUUAGAAGUGCCUUUGACAUUAAGAUACAAAUAUUACAGAAGAAACUAUCAUUUUACUUCUAAAAGUGGGGUGUGAAAAUCCCACUGCAUAUCGGAAAUAGGCUUUUUAUAUUAAGCUUCAUAGCCAGGAGUCCCCGAGUCCUGUUCCUCUGAAAGCCACUGGGGAGUGGCCUGUGGGACGCUGAUUCCUCUGAGAGGGUAGUGGUGUAGACAGGAGAGUGCCAUCUAUGCCAAAACCCACCCUCAAAAACAAGGCGUGCUGGGAGGCGUGCUGGGCGUGGCCGUCAGUAUUUCUAACACGGUAAACUAUUGCCAGCACUUCUCCUUGGAAGUAACUAAUGAGGUCAUGAGCUGGGCGCCUGCAGAUAUUCUCCUUCUCUCAUAGCUCCUGAUGCUUAGGAAUAGAGAAAUAAAAAUGGAUUCUGUCAGAACACUGCCAUUUGGACAAAUAGUGAGAGAAGUCCUCCCUAACCUCCCAACUUUUGACAGCAAAGUUGAGAAUGAGCAGACAGUUGUUUGCUUGAUCUGAAACUCUCUCAUUUCCAAACUGUGUGACAGGAGCCUACCCACCACUGUAGAGGUCAAAGCUGAAGCUUACAGCAGUGAAACGGGGCACCAUCUCCCCCAUACUCCUUAUUCCCUGCUUAAAACGUGGACGCUUUCAAAUUUGACUGUUUGUUCGUUUCUUAAACUGCCAUCCUAAGAUCCGGAAAAUUGUUACAGUAAUAAGUGUCUAGUUAGCUUAUUUCCUUUUCUAAAACAAGUCUUUCCAAGAUCGCUGUAUUUUAUCUUUAUAUGUACUGAGUAGCUGUUUCUAUUUGAAUUAUUUGCCUUUUAAAAAUUGGUAUUGUCUCUGGAUAUAAUAGGACAGGAGUUCUUAGAAAAUAUCUUAAGAAAUUUACUUUAUGGGUAAACCCAAGGUUUUUGCCAACUUGUUGCCUAGAAAAUAAGGGCUAUUUUUAGUUGAUACAGAUAGAAUUAUUAAACAUUUUUACAGUCCUUGAUUGGAAACCAGACCCAGUCUCCUUAUAACACCACAGUGUAUCCUGCCAUUGACAGUGUAAUCGUAAUUCUCUCUUUUUCAUUUAGCUGCUUUUUUAUUAUCACUAAAUGUUUGGAUUGAGCAUUUUUCCCCCUAUAAUUUUCUUCCCUCACAUUUCUGUAUUUAACUCCUGUAGUAUUUUAUUGUUGUUAAUUUACAAGUUUAAAAGUAUUAGGUACUAUUAAUAAUAGUAGUUUAAAAUAGAAAAAUAAUAAUAGUUUAAAAUAGAAAAAUCCCUAUUUUUAUGAUAAUCAGAUGUAGUGAGUUUUAAUUUUGCUGGACAGUUGUUAUAUCAUGAUCAUUGUGCCGCAGUUAAUUGUGCAUAAUAUGAAAGACAACUAUGACAGCCUUCAGGCAGGCCAGGCUAAAGCCAGCUGCUCAGCACUUCUGCCGUCAGAGGGACACGUGACAGCAGUGGUGUGACUGCACAGAGCACACUAGAGAGAGCUCAGCACCCCUGCUGCCCACCGGCAGAGCCUGUGUCGGGGAACGCCCCGCAGAGGCUGACGCACUGGAUGAAAUUUCUGGUAUUGAAAGUAAAGGUGUACAGUUUCUUGCUAUCAUUUUAUGAUGGAAACCAAUUUUGAAAUGAAAAAUGUCUAACUUUAUUUAAGGAAAGGAUAUUAAUUUGUACUAACAGAGGGUGAAAGCUGUUCACAUCCGUCAGCAAAAUCUGCUUGCUGCAGUAGUAACCUCAAGUGGUUAAAACUUUAUUUUCAGAGAAAAUUAAAACCUUAGUGCCUAAAAUUGAUGACUUGAGUUCAAGUGGGAUGAGCAGGAAGAUGUGAGAUCUUCUUGUUUAAAAGUAAUGAAUGUGAAGGAAAUUUUGAUUGCUUAAUAAAAUUUCCACAGCAACUGUU